CUCCUCGUGUGGAAAAAAGCCAUAUCGAUCUGGCCUCUUCUUCGUCUAAUCUUCUUCGAUUACGCGACAAGAAUUAACAGACACUUUCGCGUGGCGGCCAAAUUACUUUGUGCUAGUAGAGCAGCAGCAUCGAUUAGUCAGCCAGCUCCACCCUUCUCCUUCCUGCUCCCGCGAUCCAUCAGCCAGCCGGAGAUUCUUGCUCGCUCGCCGCCGAUGGCGUCGCAGGACGGCGGGUGGGGCGACGGCGGCGACUCGCUCUUCGAGGGCAUGGUCCUCUUCGCCCCCUCCCUCUCCGCCGCCGCCGAGGCACCCGAGCCCCCUAAGCCGCCCACCCCUCGCCCCGCCGCCGCCGCUGCCGACGCUGACGCCGACACCAGCGCGGCGUCCCAGCCUCUGGACGAGGACCUCUUCUCCGAUCUCACCCUCCUCGCCCCCCAGCCCCCGCUGGACCAGGACCAGCAGCCCCAAGCCCAGGAUCAGAGCCACCGCCCCGCCUCGCCGGUCUCGCCUGCCCCCGCCGCUGCCCUCUCCCGGCAGCCGUCCUCCUCGGCGCUCCGCAAGAAGAAGCGCGCCGUGCGCAUCGGGUACGGCCGCUCGCCACAGUCCGCCCCAGCUCUCCCGCCUACUGCAGCACCCGCCACCACCACCACCACCACCACCGCUGCUGCUGUAAUUCCUACUGCCAGCAGUAGUGGCAGCCUCCCGGUCCCGGAUGCUUUGCCGCAUGACGCCGCUCCCCCUAUCCCCAGCCAGUACCCUGACCAUCAUCAGGCAGAUAAUGGCCAUGAGGAUCCGGAGGUCAGUUCUUCGGAUGUGAAACAGGAGGCGAAAGAAGAGGAUGUUGGCGAGAAGGAGGUUGCUGGAGGCGCCGGGGCAGCAGCAGUGGGGAUCGAGGAGAGGCUGGCUCUUCUCAGAUCUCGGAUGUCCGGCAAGCUCGACGCAAUCCAGCAGAGAGCCGCCGCCGUCGCGGCCAAGAGGAGGCAGCUGGCAGGCAGGCAGCGGAAGGUCGCCGAGGACGUCGCGUCCGCGGCGUCCAAGCACAAGGAUCUGGAGAGGGAGCUGGAGGAGGCGUGCGAGGCCGAGGACUUCGAGAGGGCCGAGAGGAUCAGCGAUUCCCUUGCCGCUCUGGAGACGGACAAGGAUCGGUUGUUGACGGCGCUGCGUGAUGCGGAGCUUGUUUAUGAUUCUGUGGACUUGGAGCUGCAGGAUGUGCUCGAGUCCCGCAUUGCCAUGGAGGAGGAAGCUGCUGCCCUUCUCGAACAGUUUGCAAAGGAUGCCACUGACCAUGCUGAUUCGGUAAGCAAGCAAGCCGAAGAAAUGUCGUCGAAAGAAAUAGAAGAGUGGCAGACAUCAAUGGAGAUACUCCAAAUAAAGAAGCUAGAGAUGGAGGUUGAAACAGAAUUGGUUUUAUCAGCACGUUCAGGGCUGGAAGGUUCAGUAGAGCAUUUGAUUGAAGAUGACAAGAGAGAAAAGGACAUGCUAAGUAAGAAAGGAGAUACACUCACAGUGGAAUUAGCUGAGCUCCUGGAGUUGGUGAGGCUGAAAGAAGCAGAGAUAGCUGAAAACAAUGCUCGGAUCCAGGAGGUUCAAGAAAGGAUCAGCGCAGUAGUUUCCAGAUUUCAUGGCUCCCAGUCGGAUAUUGACCUGAAGAUCAAUUCCUUGCAGGAAGCCCAAAAUAAAAUCGAUCAAGAUACUGAAGCACUUGUCUUAAAAAAGAACGAAAUCGAUAACUUCGUCUCUUCAACAGAACAGAAAGACUCAGACUUGCGGGAAAUCAUCAAUGCUUGUUCUUCUGAAGCAAAAGCUUGUCAGCAAUCAGUCGAAAUCAGAAGAAAGCUUGCAUCAUCGAUCUUAAAGUCAAGACAGGAUAGAAUUGGGUUAUUAAAAAGGGAAGAGGAAAUUUCCCAAGACAUCCAAAUGCUCAGGCAACAAACAACUGAUGCAAGAACGAGUCUUCAGGGGAUCUCUUCAAGGAGAGCAGGCAUACAGCAAGAGAUAGCUACAUUUAAGCAGAAGCUGAGCUUCAUGGACAAAAGGGGUCCUGAAUUAGAGGCCGAAAAGAAGGUCGCUGCUGCUGCAAGGAACUUCAAGGAAGCUGGAAGGAUAGCUGCAGAGGCGAAAGCACUGUAUUCUGAAAAGGAAGAACUGCAUGCUAAAUUGGAGAAAGCUGGUACUGAUCUAGAGAUAAUAGAGAAGGAUAUCACAGCAACCACUGACAAGAUACAGGAAUGUGAAGGGCUUAUUGUGCUCAAAGAACAAGAGUCAGCCAUGACAAGUUACAAAAGACUCCGGCUGGACUCCUCUGCUGCUAGAGCAGAGUUGACUGCUGCAACUGAAACAGAUGACAAAGAAGAAGUAGAGAUAUUACGCAAGGAAGCUGAAGCUGCAGAAUCUAAAGCGCUGGAACUCAAAACAAUGUAUAACCUCCAACCAGAUGGCGAUGAAUAUACAUUUCAGCCUGUAGUUCCUAUAGCGUUCAUAACAAAUUCAACAUGGCAGCAGUUGGCAGAAAUGGCAUCUUCUUUUGGCCUCUCUCCUGAGGAGUGAAUUGGAUAGUGGACCUGCAGACAUGACUGCUUGGUACACUUGGUAAAGUUUUGCCCGAUAGCUGUACCCUCCUCCCAAAUAUCCCUUCCCCAUUUUUCCUCUACACUAGUCACUAGUGGCAUCUGGGAUCUACUCCAAACUGGAGUAGUGUAAAUCGAGUGUAUAACAUCUGUUUUUCAUACUCUGAACUCUGAGGAUUUUUCUUCCCUCAUUUUUGUGUACAUCAAGACUGUAAUUCUUUUGUUGUUCUGGUUUUGGUUGAUUUACAGCAACAGGUUAUCAGUCAGAAUGUAAUCAGAAAUAGCAUAUCCUUGAAUAAAGCUUCUUCUGCUUUGCCACCAUUCAA